AUGAGACCCUCAAGUGUUUUCUUCAGCCUUGUUGCCGUCGUGUCUGGGCAUACAAUUUUCCAGAAGCUCUCCAUCAAUGGAGUUGACCAAGGAGCAUUGAAGGGGGUUCGAGCACCUUCAAGCAACAACCCCAUUCAGAAUGUCAACGAUGCCGGUUUCGCCUGCAACAACAACAUCCAGUACAAGGACAACAAUAUUGUGUCCAUCGCCGCUGGUGCAAAGAUCGGUGCUUGGUGGGGGCACGUCAUCGGAGGUGCUCAAGGCACAAACGACGCCGAUAAUCCCAUCGCGGCAAGCCAUAAAGGCCCAAUUGUUGUCUACCUAGCCAAAGUCAGCAACGCUGCUAGCGCUGGCACGACGGGCCUCACUUGGUUCAAGAUUGCCGAAGCCGGCCUGAGCGGAAGUACAUGGGCGGUUGACACCAUGAUCGCAAACAAUGGCUGGCACUACUUCACUCUCCCCUCAUGUGUAGCUCCUGGGGACUACCUACUUCGCGUUGAGAUCAUUGCCCUUCACUCUGCCUCAACACAGGGAGAGGCCCAAUUCUAUAUGGAAUGCGCCCAAAUUCGAGUGACUGGCUCAGGCACCAAUGCGGGCUCCAAUACUGUCAAGUUUCCCGGCGCCUACUCCGCGACCGACCCAGGCAUUCUUAUCAACAUCUACGAUAAUUCUGGCAAGCCAACAAACGGCGGCCGCUCAUACAAGAUCCCGGGCCCUCCGGUCCUUAGCUGUUCAGGUUCUGGAAAUUCUGGAAGUGGCAAUGGGUCCCCUGCUGUUCCCAGCUCCGCUCCUGUAUCGAGCUCUCCCCCGUCAAGCAGCGACAGCAAGACUGUGGCUUUAUAUGGGCAGUGCGGCGGUCAAGGAUGGACUGGCGGUACGACCUGUUCUCAGGGAACUUGCAAAGUCUCGAAUCAGUACUAUAGCCAGUGCCUGCCUUGA